AUGGAAGUUUCACCUAGUGCUUUAGAAUUUAAGGGUAGUUUUACCAAACCUACUUCGGAAUAUUUAUCAUUGACUAAUACUUCUGAUACGCCGUUAGCGUUUAAGGUCAAGACGACGGCUCCAAAGUUAUACUGUGUCAGACCAAAUGCCAGUAUUAUUGAGCCAGGUAAUAGCAUCAAGAUUUCGAUUAUUUUGCAGGGGUUUUCCCAGCCAUUGCCGGAAGAUUACAAGUGUAAGGAUAAGUUUUUGUUAGUUUCGUUGCCAUGUCCAGAUCUCGACGACGCUUCCAAAUUGAGCGACUACUGGCCUAACUUAGAGGCUCAGUACAAGCAACAGUUGGUCCAAAAGAAAUUGAGAGUGAAUUAUGUUAUUGGCGAAGACGUGGAAGACGACGCAGCUGGUGACCACGGUGUUGACUCGCAACGUGAAUUCCAACCCCAACAACAUGGCGACAGUGGAUUUGGAGCCGGUGCUGCUGGAUCUGAUGUAGGUGGAUCCGAUUUUGGUGCUGCUGGUGCUGCUGGUGCCGGUGCCCUCGGUGGUGGUGCUAUUGGUGCCGGUGCUGCUUACGCCGGCUCCCGUGGCGACAACUUCGGUGGUGAUGCCCCAGAAGAUGUUGCUGCUAACGUGAACAGAUCCGUAACCGACUCGUUUGCACCAAAUGCUUCCUCCAACGGCUACACCUCUGGUGCUAACUACAACGACUCUUCUGCGGCUGCUGGCAUCGCCGCCGCCUCUAGAGUCGAUAAAUCCCAACCCCCAUCCGAUGUCCAAAGAGACUUAGAAGACUCCAACGCUCAAAUCAACAACAUGUCCGAAAAAUUCGACUCCAACGAAAAGAGAGCCCAAGGUUCCUCCGGUUACACCUCCCAAGCCCAAUCCCAAGCCACCGAAGAACCUUCCAGCGGUAUUUCUUUGCCUUUGGCCGUGCUCUUGAUGUUGAUCGCUUUCCUUAUCGGUGUUUUGGUUUUCUAA